AUGGACAUGAGGGCUUCAGUAAGCGCCGAACCUGGCAGUGAAUCUCUCCUAACAAACCCUGGUGAAGCAGAAGAGGACGACAGUCGGAAGGUGAGUACUACUCGUAUAAACUGCAUAGCCAUAAAAGGCAUGACGGAAGCUACUUCCGAUACCCCGAAGUCAAGAAUAGAACUAAAAGAAUAUCUGAAAUUCCUCCUAAAGGGUGAGGAGAAAGUCGAAGUUCUGGCAUGA